AGGAUGGAGUCGGGCAAGGAGCCCCCAGUGACCACGGGGGAGAAGCCCAGCGAACCAGAGCCGGCGGUUUCCUUCCAGGCCCGGCUGUGGAAGAACCUGCAGCUGGGGGGCAAGGGCCGAAGCGGCGGCGGGCGGGCAGCAGCCGAGAGCCGCACUGCGGAGCCCCUCGCCCCGGCGCCGCCGGCCGGCGGCAAGGGGGACCCCCAGCCCGGCGGCAAGUGGAGCGGCUUCAAGCGGCGGCGGCAAGUGCUAGACCGCGUCUUUUCGUCCUCCCAGCCCAAUCUAUGCUGCUCGGCCGCCGAGCCGCUGGAGCCGGCCGGCGAGUCCGGCUCCGCCCUGCGCCGCCUGCGGGAGCACCUGCUCCCCCAAGGCAAGGGGCCACCGCCCACCCGCCGCCCGGAGCCCGCCACCGGCUGUGAGGGGUCGGCGGGUGGCAGGGAGGGGCGCCGGCCCGGGGCCCACCUGUCCCACCAGAAGAGCUCCUCGCUGCCCAGCACCGCCUGCCUGGAGCAGCUGCUGCAGGGCUCGUCCGCCGCCGGCAGGAUCCAGGACCAGCGGACGGAGGACGGCGACAGCAGCGCGAGAACUAAUUCAUUUGGAAGUAGUAAUACAGAUUUCCCCCCUGGGGAGCCCGUAAUAUACUGGUUGGACGUUACUCUAAGAAGAGGACAGAAUCUAGCUGCACGGGACCGUGGAGGAACAAGUGAUCCAUAUGUCAAGUUCAAACUUGGAGGAAAAGAAGUAUUUAGAAGUAAAACAGUACACAACCUCAAUCCUGUGUGGGAAGAAAAAGCUCACAUUCUCAUAGAUAACCUAAGAGAACCAUUGUAUAUAAAGGUAUUUGAUUAUGACUUUGGACUUCAAGAUGACUUCAUUGGUUCGGCAUUUUUGGAUCUCACGUCUUUGGAAUUAAACAGGCAAACAGAUGUUACCUUGAGUCUGAAGGAUCCUCAUUACCCUGACCAUGAUCUGGGAAGUAUAUUCCUGUCAGUUCUGUUGGCUCCAGGAGACCAGCGCGAAGUGACAAUGCUAAUGAGGAAGAGUUGGAAAAGAUCAAGUAAGUUUCAGACCCAGAGCUUACGUCUCUCAGACCUGCACAGAAAGUCUCAAUUAUGGAGAGGGAUAGUUAGUGUUACCUUAAUAGAAGGUCGUGAACUUAAGGCGAUGGAUGCAAAUGGGCUCAGUGAUCCUUAUGUGAAGUUUCGUUUGGGACAUCAGAAAUACAAGAGCAAGAUUGUUCCAAAAACUUUGAAUCCUCAGUGGAGGGAGCAGUUUGACUUUCAUCUCUAUGAAGAACGAGGUGGAAUUAUUGAUAUUACCGUGUGGGACAAAGAUGUUGGCAAAAGGGAUGAUUUCAUUGGCAGGUUUGGGGAGGAUUUUCUGCUAUGUUCCAGUACAAUUUGCUGUGCUGGUGUAAUUCUUUACAUUGAUGAUAGUCCAAUGAUGAUGUUCCAUAACAUCAGUGAUGUGGGAUUUCUUCAGGUGAAGGUCAUCAGGGCAGAAGCAUUGAUGGCAGCUGAUGUCACAGGUAAAAGUGACCCAUUUUGUGUAGUUGAAUUGAACAAUGACAGAUUGCUGACACAUACUGUCUACAGGAACCUCAAUCCAGAAUGGAACAAAAUCUUCACAUUCAAUAUAAAGGACAUCCACUCAGUGCUUGAAGUGACAGUUUAUGACGAAGACCGCGAUCGAAGUGCUGACUUUCUAGGCAAAGUUGCUAUACCAUUGCUGUCCAUUCAAAAUGGUGAACAGAAAGCCUACGUCUUGAAAAACAAGCAGCUGACAGGGCCAACAAAGGGGGUCAUCUAUCUUGAAAUAGAUGUGAUUUUUAAUGCUGUGAAAGCCAGCAUACGAACUUUAAUGCCCAAAGAACCAAAGUACAUUGAAGAGGAAGACAGACUGUCUAAACAGCUACUGUUAAGGAACUUCAUCCGGAUGAAGCAUUGUAUCAUGGCUCUUGUUACUGCUGCCUGCUAUAUUAGCAGUUGUUUUGACUGGGAUUCUCCACCAAGAAGUCUCGCCGCUUUUUUGCUUUUUCUUUUUGUGGUCUGGAACUUUGAGCUCUACAUGAUACCACUGGCUUUGUUGUUGCUGCUGGCAUGGAACUACUUCUUGAUCAUAUCAGGAAAAGAUAACAGGCAACAUGAUACAGUAGUGGAGGACAUGCUAGAGGACGAGGAAGAAGAGGAUGACAGAGAUGACAAGGACAGUGAAAAGAAAGGAUUUAUGAAUAGACUUUAUGCCAUUCAGGAGGUGUGUGUCACUGUCCAGAAUAUCCUAGAUGAAAUCGCUUCCUUUGGUGAAAGGAUCAAGAAUACAUUCAACUGGACUGUCCCAUUUCUGAGCUGGCUGGCAAUUGUUGCCCUCUCUGUCUUCACCGUCAUCCUGUAUUUCAUUCCACUGAGAUACAUUGUCCUUGUCUGGGGCAUCAAUAAAUUUACAAAGAAGAUUCGAAAUCCAUAUGCAAUUGAUAACAAUGAGCUACUUGAUUUUCUGUCCAGAGUCCCUUCUGAUGUGCAAGUGAUGCAAUACCAUGAACUGAAACAAGAUCCUACUCACAGCCCAAGCAAGAGAAAGAAAAACAAUCCUGCCUAGCCAACUUCAUGUGUUGAAGAGACCAGCAUCUGCCAGGCGAAGAAAAAAGAGCAAGUCUAAGAAGUGUUUACUUUCUCUAAGCUUUUUAUUUAUCUUGCCUUUUUAUCUGGUGGGGAGAUUUUGUAACAGUAUUAAAAGGUGUUUCUCAUGGAAAAUCUAUUUCUCAUUGUAAAGACAUUUGUUUCAAGUAGGGCUUUUGCCAUUUUAAAGCCUUGUUAGAAACGAGGUAGCACAUUAAAUGAGUGAAUCUAAAAUUAAGAAUAUAUUCUGCUACUUGGUGGUCAAAAAUACUUGAGAUAGUCAAAUCAUGCCAACAAAACCUACAAAACAUUUAACUUUAAAUCUGACUCAGAAAUUUCUCAGAUUUUAUUUGUGAGCAUUCAUAUUUUUAUCCAGUAAGUCAUCAUUACAAUUUUCUAUGUUUUAUAUAUUGCAAGAGAAAUACAAUGGAGUGGAGCCUACUGCACUUAAGUUUCAGCAGAUUUUUUUUAAAUUUCAGACCCUCAUGUUAACUCCCAGUGCAACAUUUUUCUAUGUGGUAGGGGUGCUUAUAAGACAGUGAGAAACACCAAGUGCAAAUCUCUUUCUGGAGUUCCCAAAAGCAGUUCCUGCUGUCUUUAUCAUUCCAUUGUAAGACCUAAAAAUAUCUGUUUCAAAAUACUGCCAGGUUUGUAACUGACUGCCUAUCAUAUUUUUCUACAUGUACCAGUAGCCUUCAUUUGUACUACAUAGCUUAGCUCUAAUGGGUCAAACUAACUCCAUACUGCUUUGGGUGUCAUGGUAUGAACACUUUUUGUGCACAUAACUAUUUUAAUAUGGAUAUCUUGCAGAAAGGGUUUUUCAUCCAAGUCACAAGGUCAUAUUAAUAUGCUUUAUGGUAUAACAUUACCUGUUACCAAUGUGAAAUACUGUGUAGAGGAAAAAAAUGCAGUUGUGGUAAAACUGAUAUACCAGGGGUUUUUCCUUAGUUAAUAACGUCAGUUCUUCUGAUAUGAUCUUUCCCUACUGCAUGGAAACUGCAUUAUCUUAUAAAUUACAUGGAACAUAGAUGAGAAACAUUUACAUUUCAAAUGUCUUAGUGGCCACUGCAUAACGAGUACUUGGGGAUAUAUUCUGGUAGCUGCAUGCAGACUUCCAUACUCAGCUCCCCACAUAGUGAGCAGAGACUCGUUCCUGAGGGACUACCUGUGCACAGCUCCUCAUUAUAGUUCCCAGAGACAUUAAAGGGGAUUUUUUGCCCAGGGGAGAGUGACAGGACUGCAUCCUCAAGGGGGGCUGUGGUCCUCUCUGGAUUACCUCUCACUGGUUGCAAUUGCAGAUAAAGUUAAAUUGCACUACUCUAAAAAUACUUUUUGAAAAGUCUGUUUAGAAAUACUUUGCAAGCACAUGUGAAUAUGUAUUCAUCCAAAGAAAUAUGUGUUAGCUGCACUGCUCAUGAAGGAUCUUCCUGGAUACCUUUAUUUUGCAGAUAAAAUGAUAGCCAAGUUCUUACGUGACAGUUACUCUGAUCCUUCUGUUUGUGUAUUUAAAAGAAUGUCAAUCAAACGAAUGGUCUGCAGAAAGCCUUGGACCUAAACAAGCUCUUCCUACAUAAUGACUUUGAAAGUGUGUCAUUUUGCAGCUUGUAUAACCUUUUGGCUGUAUCCUACCUGAAGAGCAACAUAUUGUUGGUGAAGUCAGAAGCACUGGUCAGCCUAUUUUGUUUAAAAAAAAAAAAAAAAGUGACUCAACAAGAUGUGAAUUUUGUUGCCUGUUGUCAGUUUUGAAUGUUUCUUUAAUACACUGCAAGCCUUGUAUCUUCUUGCCCACCAGCCUGCGUGUGAUUUCUUCUUGUCUUUUUUUUGUACACAAUUUCAAAUGUCUACUUUGGUGGUAAUAUCUGAGCUGGUUAUGCACGUUUCCUGCAUUAAAAACACUUCUAAACAUCAUUA